AUGAACAUUUUCUUGGUACAUUUUGUUGAAUCUCUUAUUCAAGAAGAGAUUGAGAAAUUGGUAGAGAUUAAGUUUGUUCAUUGUGAACCUGUUGAACUAAAUUUUUGUAACUCAUUUGAUCUUUUAAAAACAAUUUGGAAUAGUGAAUGGGAGAGCUGCUCUCUUCACCAUAUUCUUGUCUCCAUCGAUAACAAAAGGGUUCGAUCUUAUCGUCAUGUGAGAGAGGAAGAAACUGCAAGAAUGAUGGAAUAUAUUAAGAAGAGUUGUUCUUGUGCAUCGCCGUUGAAUUUAACUGAGUUGUGUUCUACAGUUACUAAUGAUAUAAUAUGUAGGGUGGCUUUAGGAAAAAUAUACCGUGAAGGAAUUAGAGGGAUGAAAUUUCAGGAGGUGUUGUUGGAGUUUGGAGAGUUAUUGGGUACUGUAUGUAUUGGAGACUAUAUACCUUGGCUUGAUUGGUUGGGGAAAGUUAAUGGUUUGUAUAGCAGGGCAGAAAAAUGCGCCAAAUAUUUGGAUGAGUUUAUAGAACAAGUAAUUGAAGAGCACAUUAGUCAUAGGUUGAGGAAUGGUAAUGUUGAUAAUGAGGAGCAGAGUGAUUUUGUGGAUGUUUUGCUUUCUGUUCAAAAGACUAAUGCUAGUGGCUUUCCAAUUGAUAGAACUGCAAUCAAGGCUUUGAUACUGGACAUGUUUGUUGGAGGUACUGACACUACUUACACAGUCCUAGAAUGGGCGAUGGCAGAACUGUUCAGACACGAAACUGUGAUGCGUAAAUUGCAAGAUGAAGUGAGAACUGUGGUUGGCAACAGAACUCAUGUAACUGAAGAGGAUUUGGUUAACAUGAACUACUUGAAAGCUGUGAUUAAAGAAACCCUUCGCCUCCACGUACCGAUAACGUUAUUGGUCCCUCGGAAAUCAAUGGAAGAUGUCAAACUAAAUGGCUAUGACAUUGCAGCUGGAACACAAGUAAUUAUCAAUGCAUGGGCUAUUGGAAGAGAUCCUUCAAGUUGGGAAGAACCUUUAGAGUUUAAACCAGAAAGGUUUAUGAAUAGUUCAAUAGAUUACAAAGGAUUGAAUUUUGAACUUAUCCCAUUUGGAUCAGGAAGAAGGGGUUGUCCUGGAGUGUUCUUUGCGAUUGCUGUGAAUGAAUUGGUGCUAGCAAACCUUGUUUACCAAUUUGAUUGGAAAUUGCCUGAUGGAAUAGCAGGGAAGGAUUUGGAUAUGUCUGAGACUGUUGGACUAACCUGUCAUAGAAAAUACCCUCUCCUUGCUGUAGCUACCAAAUAUCUGAAAAAUUAAUAAACAGUUACAAUAUUCACCAGCCCAAGAAUGACAUUAUUAAAUAGUGUGAAGUUAUAUUUUAAUUUUUAUGCGUUAUUGUUAAUAAUUAUAAUUGAACAAUGUAUAUUGAUGUUUGAAAUUUGAGCAAAUUUAGUUUGUGACCAUUUUUCUUGGAGCUUAGUGCAAUCUAAUGGACUUGCAACUUGCAACUUGCAACCCAA